CCGACCCCUUGGGGGCGCCACGAUGCCAGCCCCGCCCUGCGCCUCCUGCAGCGCGGCGCGCGCCGCCCUCCGCCGCCCGCGUUCCGGACAAGCGCUGUGCGGCGCCUGCUUCUGCGCCGCCUUCGAGGCCGAGGUGCUGCACACGGUGCUGACGGGCCGCCUGCUGCCCCCCGGGGCCGUGGUGGCCGUGGGCGCCUCGGGCGGCAAGGACUCCACGGUGCUGGCGCACGUGCUGCGGGAGCUGGCGCCGCGCCUGGGCGUCUCGCUGCACCUCGUGGCCGUGGACGAGGGCAUCGGCGGCUACCGGGACGCGGCGCUGGCGGCCGUGAGGCGCCAGGCGGCGCUCUGGGAGCUGCCGCUCACCGUCGUGGCCUACGCCGACCUCUUCGGGGGCUGGACGAUGGACGCUAUUGCGCGCAGCACGGCCGGCUCGGGCCGCAGCCGCGCCUGCUGCACGUUCUGCGGGGUGCUGCGGCGCCGGGCGCUGGAGGAAGGCGCGCGCCUCGUGGGAGCCACGCACAUCGUGACAGGCCACAACGCCGACGACAUGGCGGAGACCGUGCUCAUGAACUUCCUGCGGGGCGACGCUGGGCGGCUGGCGCGCGGCGGGGCCCUGGGCUCGCCGGGCGAGGGGGGCGCCCNUCCCAGGGCCAGGCCUGCACAAGCAGCGGAGAAACAGCUGAGUCAGCCCCGGUCACUCAAUGGGCUCCGCAUCCAGACGGGGAGACAGGCAGGGACACAGUCCAGCCUAAGCCCAGUGUGGAAGACUCCACAGGGUGCGCCCCUGCACGUUCAUUACGGCUCCCCCUCCUCGGCCAAAGGAUGUCCCGUGUUCCCCGUGGCCUUCUGCCUAGGCGCCAGCCGUCUCUGUCGACUCCACGUCAUCACCAGGGGCCUGUCCAUCUCACUGAGGGUGCCAGAGGGUCUCUGGAAGGACCAGGCUGAUGGGCCUGGAAGCCCGGCCUCCCAUCCCCCGGGUCGGAGCUUCGGCGUCACCGUGGUUACAGCACUGGGCUGCCAACCUGAAGCUCCUUCGACCUCAGCGUCUCUCUCCCAGGACGGGGAGAGUGAAGAUGGCGUAGAGUUGGAAGAGCGAGCCCCCUUGGUGCGGAACCUGGGAGGGCAGCAGGCUCUGGGAAUGUUCCCCAGUCAGCCCGUGCCCACAGAGCGCCUGCCGUGGGUGCGGGACAGGAGGCAGGAAGGUAACGCACGUGACAAAUUUCGCACAGCGCCUGGCUGCGCGAAGGCCCCAGAGAACGUGACGUCCAAGCUGUACGGAGAGGCCACCAGCAGGAAGGGCAUCCCGGGCAGCGGGAACAGCAAGGCCAAAGACCCUGAGGUGGAAAACCCCGAUGGUGUGGAGGACACCAGGUACCCCGACUCCCUGCAGUGUGUGAACAUCCACGUCUCCUCCGAUGAAGCGUGCCGGAAGGCCUAUCCUGGAGCCAUCACUCAGGGCAUGAUCUGUGCGGGGGUCCCCGAGGGCGGCAAGGACUCCUGUCAGGGUGACUCUGGGGGACCCCUGGUGUGCAGAGGCCAGCUCCAAGGCGUCGUGUCCUGGGGGAUGGAACGCUGUGCCCUGCCUGGCUACCCCGGGGUCUACACCAACCUGUGCCGGUACCGAAACUGGAUCCAGGAAACCAUGCGGGGCAAGGCAUCAUCCCUGUGA